CAAUGCACAGCACGGCUGACAAGGGUUGUGUCUCCCAAAUUUCCACGAUAAAUUUCCAAUUCACUGGAAACUUGCGAAGAGGGCAGCGGUAGAGCCCUGCUAUUUUCUUCUGUAUAUACUUGCACACUGGAUUUAGAGAAAAAUCGUUGACCGGAAACGUCGGCGAGUGCUUCCAACUUCUCCUAAACAUUGGAUUACACAGUCGAGGCUGCAUGAAGGAGCUGCCCAGCCCAACGGGGGCUCGGCCGACACCCUCGUCAAUGGAAAUCGACACCGAGGCUUUGAGAAACGGGCCUUGAAUAUUUUCUUCAUAAUGGAGGCGGAACGGAAGGAUAUUUAUGCGUGAAGACUCUAUACAUCGAUAUCAUACGGAUGACUCGUUGUAAAAAUAGUUAUUUAGUUUUCCUGGUUCCUCUGAAAAAAAUUGAUAGUUUCUUGUUUUCUGUCUUAGCUAGCUAGCGGCUAGAUCGGCUAGCUAGCCGGAGUGCUAACAUUACGUCUUUUCUUUUGAUGUGAUGCGAAUUCAGCCGUUCGUAUCGGCCCAAAAACACUUUGGCAGCAGGAAAAUGUCCACCUAACUGCACAGCAUUAGCUAGCGAGUUUAAGUCUGGGGCUUGCCAGUAUUUUUCCGGACAUGUUUUAAGAAUAUGGUUUUAUUCUUAUAUAGCUGACUGAAUAUAUUGUGAUGUAUCGAGUUAGCUGUAGCUAAUCGGCUAUCCAAAUGAGCUAAAGCUAAUUGGCUAACAUUGGCAGGACACGGAGGAAUCAAUCCUGAGCUCGGCAGUGGUAGCAUAAAUGCGAACUAAACUAACUUUAGAUAUGUAAAUUUUUCCUUUCUUAGACUGGGGGAUAUUUAAGGCAGUUGACCAUGAUAUUGCCUCAUAUUUUUACAUUAACACAAAAUCCUGUCAUGGCCACCCGUGUAUUAAUGUUGGAUAUCUGGGUUGUUGGCCUUGCUAACUGGCUAACGUUAUCAUUUUGCUAACAGGCAAAUUAAUUUGUCAGUGUAUGCAGAAACCUUGGAAAUUCCAGACAUAAGGGCUGCAUUAGGAAAAUGCCAAGGAUAAUUUAGUUUUCGUUUUGAAAUCAGUGUCGUGGUAAAUCAGGUCUACUUUGUCAGCAACACAGACUUGUCUUUUUUUGUUUACAUACGUAUAUUUGGUUGUCGGCUGAAUUUCUAGCUAGCUAGCUAACGUUAGCCCUCUACGAGACACAAUCAGCCAUGUCCUGACAUUUGGACAUGUGAAUGCGUUACAAAUUCCUCUGUGGAUCUAAAGUUUGCAUUCAGAUGCUGUGAAAUGACACUGAAAUUUCGCCGCAAGAAAGGCACAGAUGCCAUGAUACUGUUCUCAAAGGACGCUAAAUAAUAGACACUGGUACUAUUAUCGCCAUUUUAAACAGGGGCUCUUGCGAGGGCCUGUGUGGUGGUGGUUCAUUUGCGGUUUGGUGCCUUCGACCGGACCGGGACUUGAAUAAAGUGCCUUUGGUCUGACUGGAUCUAUAGAGCGGGGUGUCGUGUGAACAUGGAGGGCCCGAGCCGGAGCAGUGGAUUCAGGCAGAGCCGACGGUCCCGUUCCCAGCGCGACAGGGAGCGGCGGCGGAGGAGAGUGGACCUUGCCGAGCAGCGGGCCACAUCCCUGUCCUCGGGCUCUGAGCGUGAGGCUUGCGGCACAAACUCUGUCCUGGGUCCCGGUGGAAGAGAGUGCCGACCCGGGUUCGGGAGACACAGGCCUCCCCGUCGGAGGAAAAGAGAAUCGGUGUCGUGCGAGGAAGACAUCAUCGAUGGUUUCGCGAUUGCGAGCUUCAUCAGCCUAGAGGCCUUGGAGAUGGACUGCUCUCUGAAGCCAAAUCAGCGCACUGACAUGCUGGGAAGGAGGAACAAGGGGAAGAGAGGGCCCGAGGAGAAUGGUGGCGGGCCACUUUCAGAGCCCGAGGAAGGGGCCCCACCCAGCUACUCCAGCAGCUGUUGGAACAAGAGUAGAAAUAAGAGAAGAAAGAUAGAUGAAAAGGGACUCCCUUUGGAGACUGGCUACAUUUGUGACACCGAGAGUGAUUCAGGAGACAAGGCCUCUGACAAUGACAUGGAUCCAGUGUUCACAGUCAGUACCAGGAAAGUAGUGGAGCCUACCCCUGUGAGCAUGGCCUCCUCUAUGGGCAAAAGCUGCCCUCCUCUGCCAACCCGUUGCGGUGGUGUCUCCCGGCUGUUGGUGACCCCGAGAGUAUCAGGCCUGGAGCGCAGUCAGGAGAGAAGCCUGGAGCCGCCUUACCCAGAGCCCGUUUCUCCUUCUACCUCUUCUGCCUCCUUCUCUUGCUUGCCUUCCCACUCCACUGUCUCAGCCACGGUCACCCGGUCCAACCAACACAAUGGUAGCAGCAGCCUUCACAGCCGCCACAACCCCAGCCCCCCGCUCACCAAACACAAGCCCUUCCUCCCUUUCCCUGGACGACAUCACUCCAUCUACAGCAUGGGCUUCAGCAACAGGAGCAGCACUUCAGUCAAACCCCCCUCAUCCUCUGCUGCUUCAUCAUCAUCCUCCAUGCGUCCCCCUACUCCUGCCACCAGUAUGUCGUCCCUCAUCAGAGGCUCAGGAUCAUCAGGACCCCUCCGACCCCCAUCGCGAGCCGGCUCCGGGGCCCUGUUCACCUCCUCCCCUGGCCUGCCUCCCCCUCCACCUCUGCUGCAAGUCCCUCCCCACUCAACAGCAGCAGACCAGGAUUUGCUGCGCCAAAAUUUGAACUCCCACUUCUUGGCUUCACAAGAGCGUGAAGAAAGGCGCAGUGUCUCCGCGGCUGAAAACAGUGCAGCAGGUGCAGGCCGCUCCACUCCUGGUCCAUCGGCAUCGAGCUCCACGUCAGGUUCCUCAGGCAGGACGUCCCAGAACCAGCCGAACAUCCAGCCCCUUGCCUUCCAGUUCCAUCAGCACAACCACCAGCACCAACACACACACACGCACCAACACUUCACGCCCUUCCUGCACCCCACAGCUACCGCACCACCUCUGUUUGAUAAGUAUGCAGGCAAAAUGGACGGGCUGUACCGACACCCAUUCUUCCCACAGUACCCUCCACCCUCAGUGCCGGGUAUCCAGCCUGUGAUUCCUCCCACUGGGCCUUUCGGCUCCCUGCAAGGAGCCUUCCAGCCAAAGCCUCUUGUCCCUCAGGGAACGGGUCCUGAGAUGACCGCACGACUUGGGGUUGUGCCUCACCACCUGCAGCCCAAAGACCCCAGGCUAACUGAUCCAUUUGGGACAUCGUUGAAAAUCAGUAAUAAACCAGGAAAAUGGUGUGCUAUGCAUGUACAUGUGGCCUGGAUGAUUCUUAGCCAUCAGAAAAAAGUAAAGCUGAUGCAGGCUGAUCCUCACAAGCUCGACUUCCGUAGUGACCUGCUGGCCCGUCUUCCUGGAGCAGGGGGCCUCGGGCCUCUGGGGCCUCUUGGGGGAGCCCUGCCUCCUACACAUGACCUGACCAGACCUGCAAGUCUGUUCUCAGCUACAGGUGGAGUCAAUCCGUCCUCAACUCCUUUCAUCCCUCCAUCAACGCCUCACUCCUCUUUCCUCACACCAACGGCACACUUGGAUCCAUAUGGCCGCUCACCACCCUUUACCCCACUGGGAGCCUUGGGUUCUGGUGCCUUUGGAGGACUUGGCAGCCCAACACUCGGUGGCUCUGUUUUUGGCCAUAAGGAUUCUCCAGCCAGUGUCGUUGGGGGCUUAUCCACCCCCAACCAUCAUGACCCGUGGAACCGUGUGCACGGGGGCCCCUCUGGGUUCCCUGCAGGUCCCAGCUGGGCUAAAGGGGCAGACAAGAGGGAUGAGAGGGAUCGAGGGAAGGAUGGAGAGAGGAGAGACAUCCCUCACAUCAAGGAUGAAAAAGACAGAGACAAUAUGCUGUAUGGCCGGCAACCUGUGAGAAUGUCUCCGGUUGCCCCUGCCUUUAAGGCCCGCAGUAGCACCCCAGUUUCCCACAUUAAUGGCCACAGCAGCACCCUGGGAGGGAGCAGUGGGCCUAUUGAGGACCUGACGCGCAGCUUAAACAGGGACAGAGACCGUGAACGUGACAGAGAUGGGGACAAGAGGCAGCUUCCAACAAUGUCUUCAAGGGGGCCACCUCUUGGCUCUUCAUCUUUAGUAGCAGACAGGGACAGACCCCGGUCCUCAUCAUCGUCUGUGCUCACCACCCCCCCGCCCUCCAACCCCUCAGCCCCAUCUCCCCUGGACCUGUACCCCCGCCCUCAGGCACCUACAGCACACAGCCUCCAUAGCGAACCCCCACACUCCUCCUCCCAAAGAGACAGCAGCCUCCCUACUUGCUCCUCAGCUUCUGCCACUGUCACUUCUCUGUCUCAGGGCAAGAAGUCUGAUCGGACCACAACCCCAGUUCCCAAACCUCCCCUGCUCCUCCCUCCGGUCAAAGUCAAAGAGGAACGGAAAGAGGAGCCAGAGCACAUCCCCAUCACCCUGCAGCCUCCCCCAGCACCCAGCCACAGUUUUGACCGCCCCAACAGCCACCCCCACCAUCCUAGCUCUGGUACCCCUUCCUCUUCUUCUCUUUCACUGACUCCUACUCCCGGCGUCCCCAUCCCUCCACCUACUCCACACCCUCCUUCCCAUCACCACUUGUCCCUGUUGGAGCGCUCUAGGGCAUAUCUUGGGAGCACAGCAGGGGCUGGAGGGCUGGUAGUGGGUCCAGGAGAGCGGUUCCCUCAUGGCCCACCUCAAGGACCAUCCCAGGCUCCACACAGCUUCCCAUGGGACCCCUGGAGGGAGCUGGUGGCCCAGCAGCAGCAACAGCAGCAGCGCAGGGAGGCUAUGGCACUGCGGUCAGACCCUCACCUUGCACUGCGCUCUGACCCUCAUCUUGCCCGGCUGCUCCAGCAUCAACACACUCAGCGCUUACUGGAGGCAGAGAGGGCUGCGGCUGUAGUAGCGGCAGCAGCAGCCAACCCUCACCACCCUCAGACAUCUACCUCUUCUGCCUCCGCUUCUGCUGUCCGCCAGGAGUUUGGCCUGAUGGCGCAUCACUUUGACCGGCCUCCUCAGCUCGGGCCGCCAGGAGGUGGGCUCAUGGACGAGGAGCAGCGUGCCCAGAUCUUGAGGGAAGACUAUGAGCGAGCUCGCUACUUUGGGAUGCACCCACACCUCUCCACUGGCUCCCACCUGCCAAGCCCCUCUCACGCUGCUACUGCCGCCCACCUGGAGCAGCUUCACCCUGGCCUUCUAUCCCACGCACUCCCUCCAGGAGCCGCUGCCGCUUCCCAGCACCACCCGGGCCUUUACUCCCGUCUGGGACCGCUACACCCACACCAUGUGUCCAAUGGCAUCCUGGCAAAGACACCCUCCAGCUUGGUGGGAGCUCUGUCAGUAGGGGCGCCGCCUCCCCUCAUUCCGUCCGUGACCAGCCGGUCGUCCACCCCUCCCCGCAGCUCCAGACUUGGAGGGCCAGGCGAGCUGGCACUGUACAGCGCCCACAAAGACGGAGAGUCCAGAUAGUACAGGGACAACACUGGAGAGGAGAUCAAGGGAAAUGUCAGGAUCACUGUGCUGCUCUCAACCUGCCCCCUCCCCCCUUAUAAACUACUAAACCCAGCCCCCCCCAGUCACACAAGCAUACAUGGUUCCAGCCCCCCCACCCAAAAUAAGGGUAACCCUGAUUAACUGGGCGAUGACAGCAGGGAGGGAAAUGCAAGACUCAUCAGUGUGACUAGGAAUAUCUCCAAUGGUUCUAUCAGUGCAAUUUAAAGGUACAUGGUUUCUGUGCAUCCUUGUGUAUUUUUAUUUUAUAUUGACUGUUGGUUAUUACAGUACUCAAUGAUGAAAGCUGUAUGAAGAGGCAGAGGACAGCUUUUUUUUUUUCUUUUUUUUUUUUUUUUGGUUUCAUCAGGUGAAUUAUGAUCCAUGCUUUUAAGCAAGCCUUUUCCGAGUGGAUUGGAAAUGGCUUCCAGAGGGAUGUGCACUUUCAGAACACAUUAAAGGUUCAUCCUUGGCUUGGUUAGACUUGUGGGAUAUAAUAAAGCCCUCAUUUGCAUAAAUCAAACCUGAUUCGGUAUUGUGGAUAAGAGCUAAAGGAAUACAGUGGUAAAAGGGGUGUUUUCUGUUCUGUUAAUUGCGUCUGUCAUUGUGAAAAGACAGUAGAUUAUACUGAUGAAAUGUAUGAACUAAUGAAGAUCAGUGAGUACCUGUACCUCAGUUUCUCUGCUUCACCCAAAAACCAACCCCAAACCCUCAACUUCACUUCUGUGAUGAGAUUCUCCACCUUUUUUUUUUCCAUUUUUAUUUUAUUUUCAAAGGAUGAAUGGCGACAUGAACUGUACUACACUGUGUGGGUGGACACAAUAUUUUAGAACUUCCUGUAACUGUUUCCCAUUCUCCUCUGACUCAGUAUAUGAGCAGGACCAGAUUAUAGUAGUAUAGUGAAAUUGCCUUUGUAAUUAUUAUUCUUAACAUUAAUUAUCUUCUAUAAUAAUAAAUAUAUUCACUGUUUAUGUUAUUUGUCAUUGUUUCAGGUAUCAACCAGUACUCUCUCCCCAGGUAGUAAUAAGUUGUUUCAAAUCAUACAAAAGACAAAGCAAAAGGCUUGCUUCACAGAAAACUUUUAAAUGCUUGUGAACAUUAAGCCGUAACCAUUGCAACCUCUGGCCUCUUCAAGGAUCUGAUCUAUGACUUUGUUAAUAUGCUGAGAGGGAGGUUUGCGUGUGUGUCGUUGGUUGUGUGUUAUAUCACAUUUGGGACUAUUAUGAGCCUUGUAUGUUGAACUGCCGAGAUGUUUCAUCAAGAAAAAUAAGUUAUAUACAUGGACAAGUGGGACAUCUGCUGAGGAACUGAAAAAAGUAAAAGGACUUGUCAAAAGACAACUAGACAGUGGGUAUACUGAGAGGAGGAAAAGACAUUGGGUCGAUUAUUUUAAUAUGACCAUUUUAUACCUUUCAAAAUCCCUCCCCUAGAGACCACAAAGAUUAAUUAUUAAAUGAAUUGUUGUUUA